GACGACAUCACACACACAACACAAGUGACAACCCACACAAGAGACACGAAAUGUUCAUAUAUUUUUCUGUUUUGUGCUAGAAGUCCUUUUAUGUAAUUGAAAAAUAGCUGCUGUAACCGUGCUGCUAGUAUAUUUUCCAAAAUGGAUUUUAUGGAGAAGCUACAAAUAUUAGCUUUUUUAAUCACUUUCUGUUUAUGUUAUUGUUCUUGUAAGUUAAAUCAUCCAAAUGAACAGAAUAUACUUCCUGAUGAUUGGGUUGAUCCAAUGGCCUUGGUUCAAACAAAAAAUGAUCAUUUUAAUAAGCAGCUCAAUAAAAAGACAAUAAUGGUAAAAAAAAGUCAAAGAAAAAGAGAAAAAACAAAAAAAAAUAUUUUUCGACCUUCAAUCCAGAAUCAAUGUCGGCCGACAGUCAGGAUAUGUUUUCUAAAAAAGGCUCGACAACUUGCGACUUUGCACAUUUAAAACAACUUACUCGAAUUAUUCUGGAGACUUUCACAAUUCCUGGGAAACGAAACUUUUUAAUUUAUUUAACGGACGAUGACUUCAAACAUCUUGAAGAAUUUAAAAAUGGGAAAGACGAAAAGGUUGCACAUGCUGUGGAAAUAAUAUCCAAAUUUUUUUUACAUGCUCCAAUAGACGACGUUCCUAUUUCUGAGUCAAUAUUUAUUUACAUGGCUCAAUUUGUCUCAUACCACAAUGGUACAUUUGCAGUAGCUUUUGUUAUGGUUGUGAUACUCUCCUUGCUAAUCUUAUUUGAAAUUCGUACGAGCAUGCCUUGGUAUCGUCAGUGUUGGUACGUUUUUGGUCUUCUUUUCCUUAUAAGCAUUCCUUGGGAAUGGUUUAGACUUUAUAAGCAAUCGUAUGCACGUAAACAAGUCGAAUAUUUAAAAGAAAUUCCUAAGCAAUGUCUUGCAGCUAAAAACAUGGCAAUAAUGGAUAGAAUAUCAGUGUGGAUCGCCGGAUCUUUGACGUGGAAACAAGAUGAUUGUAUUAAAUAUCAAGAAGCCAUUUUGAUUGAUCCGAUUUGGGAAAUAUCACCAUCAGUGGCUCUUUCAACCACUGCAACUCGUCUGAUAUUUCAUCCAUUGGAAUACAUUGCUGCUUCAUGUGGAGAAAGUUUGAACGCCUUCCUUAGUAAAAUACCUUCAAUGUGGCAACCAGUUAUGGUUGUAAUAAUAACCAUAAUUCUAUUGUUAUGCGUCUUCCUUCUCAUUCGAUCUCGAACCGUUCCAGUUGUCACGAAUGUUGCAUUAACGGAGACAGAUAUUAAGAACAUUAAAAAUUGCAUCGUAAAGGAAAUCCGAACCAUUUCUUAUGCCCCAAAUAAAACACCAAAAGAAGAAGGUGAUUUUCUCCCAAUUCAAGAAGAAAAAGUUGAAGAGUUGUCUCCUGUUUUAAGUUAAGGAAAAGUUAUGUGACACUCCUGCUUUUAUUAACAUAAGAUAAAAGGGUAGAAUAUAUUGUCGACAUACCACUUCAUUGAUUGUUUUCCACGAGAAACAGGUUUUUUCUUAGAAAGGAUAAAAUUUUUGCACUCUAGUGUUAACGAAACUGUGUUUUUGGAAAAUUGUCCAGAAGAUUGAAAGUGAGUGAUGUUAGCAUCAGACAUUUUUGAUUGUUAUAUGCAUUCUUAGAGUUUAAAAAAUAACAAAUUUUUUACGAAUUUUCUUUUCAA